AUGCCCGAAAUUAAGAUAACUCCUUUGGGAGCGGGUCAGGAUGUUGGACGCAGUUGUAUUUUGUUGUCAAUGGGAGGUAAAAAUAUUAUGUUGGACUGUGGUAUGCACAUGGGGUACAACGAUGAGAGACGUUUCCCGGAUUUUUCAUACAUAGUGCCAGAGGGACCGAUCACAAGUCAAAUAGAUUGUGUAAUAAUAUCACACUUCCACCUCGACCACUGCGGUGCACUCCCAUACAUGUCAGAAAUGGUCGGUUACACUGGACCUAUAUACAUGACUCACCCAACAAAAGCCAUAGCUCCAAUUUUGUUAGAAGACAUGAGAAAAGUUGCAGUUGAAAGGAAAGGAGAAUCAAAUUUUUUUACUUCACAAAUGAUUAAAGAUUGCAUCAAAAAGGUAACAGCGGUAACACUACAUCAAUCUGUAAUGGUUGAUAAUGAAUUAGAAAUCAAAGCAUAUUAUGCCGGCCAUGUCCUAGGGGCUGCUAUGUUCUGGAUAAGAGUUGGAUCACAAUCAGUUGUAUAUACAGGAGACUAUAAUAUGACUCCCGAUAGACAUCUCGGGGCAGCCUGGAUUGAUAAAUGUAGACCUGAUUUACUUAUAUCGGAAUCAACAUAUGCUACAACUAUAAGAGAUUCAAAGCGUUGCCGGGAAAGAGAUUUCUUAAAGAAAGUCCAUGAGUGUGUAGAGAAAGGCGGAAAGGUUUUAAUACCUGUAUUUGCUCUUGGUCGAGCACAAGAGCUAUGUAUACUGUUAGAGACGUAUUGGGAGAGAAUGAAUUUAAAAUACCCAGUGUACUUUGCAUUAGGUUUAACGGAGAAGGCUAAUAACUAUUAUAAAAUGUUUAUAACAUGGACAAACCAGAAGAUACGUAAAACAUUUGUACAAAGAAAUAUGUUCGACUUUAAGCAUAUUAAACCAUUUGAUAAGUCAUAUAUUGAUAACCCUGGUGCUAUGGUGGUUUUUGCUACUCCUGGAAUGUUGCAUGCUGGUCUAUCCCUCAAUAUAUUUAAGAAGUGGGCUCCCUAUGAGCAAAAUAUGUUGAUCAUGCCAGGUUUCUGUGUUCAAGGCACAGUUGGACACAAAAUUCUAAAUGGCGCGAAGAAAAUUGAAUUCGAAAACCGUCAGGUAGUUGAAGUUAAAAUGGCCGUCGAGUACAUGUCGUUCUCUGCUCACGCUGACGCGAAAGGCAUCAUGCAGCUGAUACAAUACUGCGAACCAAAGAACGUGUUGCUCGUGCAUGGAGAGGCUCAGAAGAUGGAGUUCUUAAAAGAUAAAAUCGAAAAAGAAUUCAAGAUCAGUUGUUACAUGCCCGCCAACGGUGAAACGGCGAUAAUAAACACUCCAACGAAGAUCCCGAUAGACGUAUCCUUACGAUUACUGAAGGCAGAGGCUGUGAGAUACAACGCUCAGCCUCCAGAUCCGAAACGGAGACGAGUCGUACAUGGAGUGCUCUGUGUUAAAGAUAAUAGAUUAUCAUUCCUAGAUAUAGAUGAGAUGUGUGACGAAAUCGGCAUUAACAGGCAUAUCAUUAGGUUUACGAGCACCGUGCGUUUUGAUGACGCCGGUUCAGCGAUCAAAACCGCUGAGAAGUUGAAGACAUUACUGGCAGAGAAGCUCCAGGGUUGGUCCAUUACCAUAUCAGAUGGAAACAUCUCAGUUGAAUCCGUCCUCAUUAAAGUUGAAGGGGAGGACGAUAAUACUAAAAGCAUCUACGUGUCCUGGACGAACCAAGACGAAGAUCUGGGCAGUUACAUUCUAGGUUUACUGCAAUCCAUGGUACAGUGA